UCCGGCGCUGUGAGACGUCAAACGCGUGUAAAAACAAUUUGUUGCCAGAAAUUUCGUCGUCAUCGCAGAAUUAUCCAAUAAUAGUUGACAGUAAUUGCCCCUGGAGUCUAAUUCAAGCCUCAGAAGGAACGAUGGAACAUCAAUGCAACUGUGGAAAUUCUCAUUCCACAGCAGAACUGGGGAUUCAGUACAAUUUAUUCGAGAAAAUCGAUACAAUUGGGGCUGAAUGUCUCAAUGAAUCUGAGGAAGGGGCUGGAAUAAAGGUCUUCAAACCCUGGGAGGAGCGUCUGAAUCACGACAAGUGUGUGGAGAGUGAUGUUGACGAUGAGCUGCUCUUCAAUAUUCCGUUCACAGGAAACGUCAAAUUGAAAGGGAUAAUCAUAAUUGGAGGUCCCGAUGGGUCUCAUCCAGCCAGAGUAAAAUUGUUCAAGAAUAAAGAGCACAUGACCUUCGAUGACGUCGGCAUCACUCCCGAUCAGGAAUUUGAACUUGUAAAGGACGACCACGGAGUGCACGAGUAUCCGAUAAAGGUUGUGAAGUUCUCGUCCGUUCAUCAUCUGAGUCUUCAUUUCGUGGGGAAUUCCGGGUCUGAGACCACCAGGAUUUAUUAUAUUGGGCUCAAGGGUGAGUGGACACCUGGACACAGACAUGGAGUCACCAUCUGCAACUAUGAGGCCUUCCCCAUGGGCUCUGAUAACGCUCUCAAGGAUUUUAAUAGUCUUAAUCGAGAGGUUCAAUGAUUGGGGAGAAUUGUCAAGAGGAGAAGGUGUCAAUAAAUUCAUUUUUUACGGUUGAAAAAUUUA